AUGGGGUUCAAUGUGUUUCGUCAAUACGCCAAUGAUGACUCAUUCUCAGACCCUAAAACGAUCCCUACAUGUGCGAAUGAAUUCCAACUGGUUCUGGCCUAUGCUAGAGACUACGAUGGGAUAAACUCAACCAAGGGAAAGUUCAUUCCUUACUGGGACACCGAAAAAGUCACUCCGGCGAAGAUUAAGCAGUUCAAACACAGUGCCGGCAGGACAACAGUUAAAGUGCUAGUUAGCAUUGGAAACAACGGUGAACAAUUCCCCUUCGACUGUGGCACUGAUACACGUGCAUGGAUUACCAAUGCCACUGAAUCGCUGAAAAGGAUCAUCGCAGACUACAAUUUGGAUGGAAUUGAUGUUCGCUAUGACAAAAUUGUGCCUUCAAUCACAGCAGAUGACUUUGUCACUUGCAUUGGCCAACUCAUAGACAACCUAAAGGGAGAUAAAGUCAUCACUAGGGCUUCCAUUGCUCCAAACUUUGCUAACAGUGAUAAGUUCUACGUCCCCUUGUUCAGAAAGUACAACAGUAUCAUUAAUGUUGUUGAUUAUCAAUGCUACCCUGGGUUUACACCUGAUCCUAAAACUCCAGUGAAAGACUUGGAGGAAAAGGUUGGAAAUAUAGCCAAACAAUAUACCACGGUAGAUAGCUUCUUGGUUGGCUACAGCGCCAAACAGAGUGAUUGGGCUACCAUUUCACCACCCCUCUUCUUUGUUGCCUACUAUGCACUUCAAAAUCAGGGAACAGUUAAUGGUUCAUCCAUUAAUAUUGUUACUGACUCUGCAUCUGCCAUCUCCUUUCCAUCAGAGUGGAUCCUUGAACUGCUAUCUAUGGCCUUGGCCUGA